AUGGAACAUUUGUCAAUUAAAUUAGAUGAUUUACCGGAUGAGAUUCUCAUAAUUAUCUUGAAAAAAUUGUCUAAUGUCGAAGUACUUUAUUCUUUAAUAGGUGUUAAUAAACGACUUAAUAGAAUUGCAUGUGAUUCAGUUUUUACAAGUAAUUUAACAUUAUAUUUCUUGGAUAAAUACAUUCAUUCAUUAUCUGAUUCAAUGGUUAAUCGAUUUUGUUCACAAAUUUUACCUGAAAUUGAUCAUAAAAUAAAAUGGCUUAAUCUUGAAUCAAAAUUUAUGGAACGUAUUCUUCUUGCUGGAAAUUAUCCUAAUUUAUAUGGACUUGGUUUAUAUGGUAUUGAUGUAGAAAAAGCUAUAUAUCUCUUUACCGACGACACUACUUUUAUUCAUGUAGUCAAAAAUCAAAUAUCAUCACUUUUUUUUUAUAUUUGUAGCGAUAAAAAAUGGAUUCCAUCAAAUGAUGUCAACAAAAUAGUGUUUAAACAUAUAUUUAAUAUAUUUACCAAAUUAGAAUAUUUAAAUUUCGGUCCAUCUUUGAUGUGGCAUCAACGAUUUUCAUUUGAUAUGCCAUCUCCAAAUGUUAUUUCUUCAAGUUUAUUAGAAUUACAUAUAACUGUGUUUCACUUCAAUGAUUUGCUUUAUUUACUUGAUGGACGUUUUAAUCAACUACGUAGAUUUCAUGUUAAUAUUUAUCGCAUUCAACACGGAAGUUCAAAUAUUUAUCGUCAGGAAAAAUUACCUAAUUUAAGAUGUUUUUCACUAUAUUCUGAUAUGCGUGUGCAUUAUUAUGAUGAAUUCAUUCUACCACUUCUACAUCGAAUGUUAAAUUUAGAGGAACUAGACUUACAUCUUAAAGUCGAUCGUUAUAAAGGAUUUAUUGAUGGAAAUGAUUUAAAAGAAAAUAUUAUAAAUAAUAUGCCACGAUUAAUUCAAUUUACAUUUAAUAUUCGUUUAACCAAUCGUCGUCCUAAUCAAACGAAUUUACCUUCAAAUGAAGAUAUUAAACAUACAUUCAAAGAUUUUAAAGAUAAUCAAAUUAUUUCUUGUGCUAACUUUUUCGAAGAAAAUCAAUUUAGUUACUGUCAUAUUUAUUCAUAUUCAUAUAGAAUGAAAUAUUAUGAUAAUAUUAAAAAUAAUUUUCCAGGUGGAUUAUUUAAAUAUGUUGAUAAUGUAUCGUUAUUUGAUGAACGUCCAUUUGAAUAUGAAUUUUUUCUUCAGAUAGCUCAAUCAUUUCCAUUUAUGAAAAAAUUAACUAUAAAUAAUAAUAAACCACAAAAGAAUAAAUUAUAUAAACAAUCAAAGAAAGACAAUCAAGACUUACCAAUUAUUAAAUAUCUUCAUCUGACUAACCUAUAUUUUGAUCAAGCUCAUGAUGAUUACAUCGAACAAUUCCUGAUUAAUACAGAAACAUAUUUGCCAUAUAAAUUUUAUCUUUUUGUUGAUUAUGAAGCACUGAAAAGAGUUACAGAAAAUUUCUCAAGACAUGCAACACGAAUCAAUUGUGCAAAAGUCCAUUAUUUAUGUAUACCAAAUGGACCUGAAAUUACUGAACAUAUGAAAGACUAUUUUCCUCAGAUAAAUAUAGGUUGA